GAUCUAAAAGAGAUAAAUGCAUUCCUCUGAGAUUAAAAGAACACAGCUUUUGCAAAACCCAUCCAUGGUUUUCCUAAUACUCCAAACCCUCACCACACUGGUUUCACUUUUUCACCAGAAAUUGAACAUUAGUCAGUAGCUGAAGCAGCCACUCAGAUUCUCAGACAUGCAUCACACACAUAACACCCAAAAUACUUACACAUUCUACAUGUGAUUUAGAGAGAGAAGGUGAAGAUAAGGACGCAAUCUGUUUCAUUAACACCAAACAUAAAAAGGGUUUUUGUUUUUAUUUGAAUCCAAAUUAUAUAAAUCACCCCUCAUCUCCAUUUCCUCAUCAUCAACUCUCAUCAUAUUAUUCUUCACUUACAUUUUUAUUUUUUUUAUAUAUUCAUUGAAAAUGAGCCAUCAAGCCAAAGCUUUGCAUUUGGUGUUUGGAGUUAUUGGAAAUGGUACUGGUUUGUUUUUGUUCCUCUCUCCAUCGAUUACUUUCAAGAGGAUCAUCAAGAACAGAUCAACUGAGCAAUUUUCUGGGAUACCAUAUGUUAUGGCAUUGCUCAACUGUUUGCUUGCUGCUUGGUAUGGGUUGCCUUUCGUAUCACCAAACAACUACAUGGUUACAGCAAUAAAUGGAACAGGAGUAGUGAUUGAGUCAGUGUAUGUCCUAAUAUUUCUUGUGUUUGCGGCCAAGAAGGAGAAGGGAAGAACCCUGGCUCUUCUCUUUGGCAUUCUUGCUAUAUUUUCCACUGUCGCUUUGGUUUCAAUUUUAGCCAUCAAACAGGAGAACAAAAGGCAGUUGUUUUGUGGUCUUGUUGCCUCUGUUUUCUCCAUCAUAAUGUAUGCCUCUCCUCUCUCAAUCAUGAGAUUGGUGAUGAGAACCAAGAGCGUUGAGUACAUGCCAUUUCUGUUAUCACUAUUUGUCUUCCUAUGUGGUACCUCAUGGUUUAUAUAUGGCCUCAUUGGCAAUGACAAAUUUCUCUAUAUUCCUAAUGGAUUUGGGUGUUUUCUGGGAGCAAUGCAAUUGAUUUUAUAUUGCAUCUACCGCAAGAACAAUGAAGAUGUCAAGAAAGCUACAAUUGAUGGGAGUUUAGAAAUGGGGCUUGCAAAUCCUCAGCAACCCAAAAGUAUUCAAUCUUAACUAUUUUAUAACAAGAAAAAAGCCCCAAACUCAUUGGUAGAAAUGAAUGUAAUAGUUUCAUACCAACUUGGGUUAAAAAGUGUGCUGUCUUCACACAACCAUGUGGAUGGGCUUAUUUGUAUCUUGGUUUAAAGUUAAAUAUAUAAUUCCAAUGCUAUGUGACAUAUUUAUAUA